AUGCUUUCAGUAGUUAUUUUUAUUAAACUUAGCUAUUCAGAUGCGACGAGCCGACAUCGAGGUGCCAAACCUCCCCGUCAAUAUGGACUAUCGGGAGAGAUCAGCCUGUUAUCCCUAGAUCUGUAUCUUUACAAACAUUUCUAUUUCACCGAAAUUUUCUUAAAGACAGUGUUCAAGUCGUUACACCUUUCGUGCGGGUCGGAACUUACCCGACAAUGA